AUGGACAGACCUGGCGUGAAGAAAAAUGAGUUGCGUAGUGCUGGACACGAUUGGGACGGUCUAUGGACAUUCGUUAGGGAGCAGACUAAUUCGGACGAUGUUGGAAUGAACUCCUCGUGGUACGCAAUGGACUUGGCCAAAUUCGCUAAUGCAACGGUGAUGCCAGUGCCAGCCGCCUACAAUGAUCUCUCAGCAAGUGCUGAUCUUCGGGAUCAUAUUGGUUGGGUAUGGUACCAGACUCUGGUGAUCAUUUCUGACCGCGACAGGGGUCAGCGUAUAGCGCUUCGCUUUGGCAGCGUCAACUACUACGCCAAAGUGUUCUUCAACUCACAAGAGGUCGGAUCUCAUGUAGGUGGACAUCUGCCAUUCCAAUUUGAUGUCACAAGGCUGGUCAAGUUUGGAGCUGUGAAUAAGAUCACUGUUGCUGUAAACAACACUCUCUCAUGGUCGACAAUUCCACAAGGCGAUUUCAAUUACAUGAAGGAUACUACACGAUUCAUUGACGGCAAAAAUGUGGGUCUUCAACGGCUUCCGAUUUCCGAAUGCCGAUCUCAUUUCAGAGCAUUUUUCUUUCACGCCUUUCCGAGCAGUGCUUUCAAAAAUGAUGCACUAUUAGCGUCGGUGUACUCGGCCCGUGGUCUUGAACAGAAAGGCUCACUGUCAACAGUGAGACCAUGGUGGCCUCGAGGAAUGGGUGAACCGAAUCUCUAUACAUUGGAGGUAGAACUGGUGGUGCCACGGGAACAGCUUCGUUUGGAUGUUUAUCGUCAGAAGUUCGGUUUCCGUACGGUCGGCUGGAGCCAAUCACAGAUCCUCAUCAAUGACAAACCAUUCUAUUGCCUUGGUUUCGGCAUGCACGAGGACUUUGAGAUUCAUGGUCGCGGCUAUAACCCGGUAGUGAUGACUAAGGAUCUCAACCUGCUGGAAUGGAUGGGCGGAAACUGUUACCGUACCACGCACUAUCCUUAUGCUGAGGAACGAAUGGCUGAAAGUGAUCGACGGGGAAUUGCGGUGGUCGUCGAGACACCGGCCGUAGGGCUCAAAGGAUUCUCAAAAGACAAUAACCUCCUCCACUUGAAAAUGCUCGAGGAACUCAUUGAACGUGACAAAUGUCAUCCAUCUGCGAUUAUGUGGAGUUUGGCAAAUGAACCAAAAACCGAUCGAAAGGAGUCCAGAGCGUAUUUCAAAAGCCUCGUCGACUACGCCCACGCUCUAGACAAAACUCGUCCGGUGACUAUUGUCUACGGACCGACCGGAUUUGACAACGAUCAGACGGUACGUUUU